CUGAAACAUGCAAACACAGGCAAAUCUUUUAGGGGCGCUGUCAGGAUGAGAAUUGAGGGUCUUUUGUUAUCAGACAGAAAAUCAGCUGUUCGCAGAUCAUAUAGGCACACAGGAACCUCUUCAUACGGGAGUAUCAGAAAAGGAAAGCCAAGCUACAAAGGUGUCGCUGAAGCUGAGUGUGUCCGAGCAACAUGGAGUACACAUUUAGAGCAGUGACUCAAAACCCUGGGAUUAUAAUCUGGAGAAUUGAGAAAAUGGAGCUGGUUCAAAUCCCUGAGAAAUCUUAUGGAAACUUUUAUGAGGGUGACUGCUACAUACUUCUGUCUACCCAUAAGGUGAAGAACUCUCUGUCUUAUGAUAUCCACUACUGGAUCGGCUCCGAGUCUUCUCAGGAUGAACAGGGUGCAGCUGCUGUUUACACCAUACAGCUGGAUGAGUUUUUGGGCUGCACGCCGGUGCAGCACAGAGAAGUGCAGCACCAUGAGUCUGAUUCUUUCAGGGGCUACUUCAAACAAGGAGUAAUCUACAAGAAAGGUGGAGUUGCGUCAGGCAUGAGGCACACUGAAACCAACACAUACGAUGUAAAGAGGCUGCUUCAUGUGAAGGGAAAGAAGAGAGUGAUUGCCAAGGAGGUGGAGAUGAGCUGGAAGAGCUUCAACCUUGGAGAUGUGUUUUUGUUGGACAUUGGCAAAAUCAUCGUUCAGUGGAACGGGCCAAAGAGCAACAGACAAGAAAAGCUUAAAGGCAUGUUGUUGGCUAAAGACAUCCGAGACAGAGAGAGAGGAGGUCGGGCAGAGAUCAGAGUGAUCGAGGGUGACGCAGAGAGCAACUCUCCUCAGAACAUGGAGAUUAUGAACGAUGUUCUUGGAGAAAGAACCUCUGGCCUGACAGACGGAGCUCCUGAUGAAACCGCUGACCAGGAACAGAAAGCAAAACUCACACUUUACCAUGUGUCAGAUGCCGGUGGUGAAAUGAAGGUCACAGAAGUCGCCACGAGGCCUCUGGUUCAGGAUCUCCUCAAUCAUGAUGACUGCUACUUCCUGGACCAGGGAGGGACGAAGAUCUUUGUCUGGAAGGGGAAGAAAGCAAACAAAGCAGAAAAACAGGCCAGUAUGGCCAGAGCUUUGGAGUUCAUCAAAGCAAAAAACUAUCCGAUCACUACAAAUGUGGAGACGGUGAACGACGGUGCAGAGUCGGCUCUGUUCAAGCAGCUGUUCCAGAGGUGGACUGUGAAGGACCAGACGCAAGGCUUCGGAAAAACCAACACAAGAGGGAAAAUCGCUCAUAUCACACAGGAGAAAUUUGAUGCCUCUCUGAUGCAUGUGAUGCCUGAAGUAGCAGCACAGGAGAGAAUGGUGGACAAUGGCACAGGUCAAGUGGAGGUGUGGAGAAUCGAGGAUCUGGAGCUAGUGCCUGUAGACCCUGAGUGCUUUGGAUACUUCUUUGGAGGAGACUGCUACCUGAUCCUCUACACCUACCUGAUCAACAACAGGAAGUGCUACCUGCUCUAUAUGUGGCAGGGGCGACAUGCAUCACAGGAUGAAGUGGCAGCUUCAGCGUUUCAGGCUGUGGACUUGGAUCAGAAGUACAACGGUGAGCCAGUUCAAGUGCGAGUGACGAUGGGCAAAGAACCGAGACACUUCAUGGCAAUUUUCAAGGGAAAAAUGGUCAUCUUUGAGGGGGGCACAUCUAGAAAAGGCUCUUCUGACCCAGAGCCUCCAAUAAGAUUGUUCCAGGUUCAUGGCUUUGACUCUUUCAACACUAAAACCAUCGAGGUUCCAGCCCUGGCCACUUCUCUCAACUCCAACGACGUGUUUUUACUGAAGAGCCAAUCAGGGAUUUAUCUGUGGUGUGGAAAGGGAUCAAGUGGAGAUGAGAGGGCGAUGGCCAAAGAGGUCAGCUGUGUGAUUAGUCAGAACUCUCAGGGAGGCAAUGAGGAGAUUGUGGCGGAGGGUCAGGAGCCCAUUGAAUUCUGGGAACUGCUUGGAGGGAAAGCUCCUUAUGCAAGUGACAAGAGGUUACAGCAGGCGGUUUUAGACCAUCAGCCACGGCUGUUUGAAUGCUCCAAUAAGACGGGACGUUUCAUUGUGACUGAAGUGACUCAGUUCAUACAGGAUGACCUCAAUGAGGAUGAUGUCAUGCUGCUGGACACAUGGGACCAGGUGUUUCUGUGGAUCGGAAAAGAGGCCAAUGAGGUGGAGCGCAAAGAGGCAAUAGCCACAAGUCAGGAGUACCUGCGCACCCACCCAGGAGACAGAGAUCCAGACACCCCCAUCGUCCUGAUCAAGCAAGGCUUCGAACCACCCACCUUCACUGGGUGGUUUGCAGCCUGGGAUCCCUCCAAAUGGAGUGGAGGAAAGAGUUAUGAGGACUUGAAGGAGGAGCUGGGAGACGUAGCUUCACCUGCUUAUGUGAACACUGAGGAGAAGAACUGUGUUGAGAGUGAGAAAAGCUUCCAGUGUUUUCCACUCGACGCUCUGGUCAACAAACUUACCAGCGAGCUGCCUGAAGGUGUUGAUCCCUCCCAGAAAGAGAAACACCUCUCUGACUCGGACUUCAACUGCGUAUUUGGGAUCACCAAAGACGACUUUGCCAGCCUGCCACACUGGAAACAGCUGAGCAUGAAGAAAGAAAAGGGGAUGUUUUGAUAAUAUUAUAAGCUUUUAUUAACUGCAGUACUGUCUUUGCACCCCUAAUUUUACAAAACUUCCACUCAAGGAGCUCAGAAUUUUCAGCGCAGUAAUUUCUAAUAAUGUGUGUCAUCAUGCUGUAGUUUUAUUGAGAUUCAAAUCACGCUAAAAUAAUCAGUGAAUACUAACUUUAUGCAAUUGAUACUAUUUAAUUAAGAACUGCUGUGGUAGGAUUGCUUUAAAAUACUACAAACCAUAUUG